AAACAUGUUGUACUCCACAUACUACUGCAAGAAUGGCAGCUGCAUCAACUCCAGUUGAGCGAGACCAAGUCGUCAAAACACCACAGUCUGGACCAGUUCCCUUUGACAUAUCUAAGCCUCCCGUCAUUGAAGGAUUUACCCCAUUGCCACGAGCAAAAGAAGAGGGGUUCAAGGAUAAAUUCAUAAGGAAAACAAAGGAAAACCCUUUCGUCCCCAUUGGUUGCUUAGGAACAGCAGGGGCUUUGAUAUAUGGUCUCAGUGCCUUCAGACAAGGAAAAACUCGCCAGUCUCAGUUGCUGAUGCGGGCACGUAUCUUUGCCCAAGGAUUUACUGUUGUCGCCAUCAUAGUUGGUGUUGCCACCACAGCACUGAAGUCUAAGUAAUGAAUGAGGAGGCGGAAGGCAACACAAAAUGACACCAUGCGGUGUUGUACACUCUGAGGAGAGCCUUUUUCAACAGCAGAAAUGUAAUCAUUUGAACUGUGAAUUAUUUGAAUGAUAUGUUUAAAAGGCACAGUGCAAGUUCGAUUGUUUGUUUAAGAUAUAAUUUAAUUCCUUUUAAAAGGAGUAAUAAAGGCUACCUCAAAGGACAGACACUGAAUCCUUAGAGGUCACACACACAAUGUGCUCUUCUAGAGCUUUAAUAAGUUUCAUGGUGUUUUGGAAACACCUGUAGUCAUUUUUUUUUUUAUAAUUUGACUCCACAAACUGAUUUUACCCCUUUGGAGGUUCUGUAGCCUGUUUUUUUUUUUUUCUCUCUUUUGAAUUUCCCUGGUGACUAUGUCUGACCACAGAUACUGAAAUGCAUGUCUAUGCUAUAUAUCAAGCUCAUUGUUGUGUAUACAAUGACUGAGGACUCCCACCUUAAAGAUAUUAAAACAAUAAUUCAA